UCUGCUCUACCAAAGGCUCUCUGGGAGGCUCGUACGCUGAGCAACGUACGCGACUCAUCACCUGCCUCGAUUAUUGAGGCGGUUAACCAGCUCAAGAAGGGGGCAGAAAUGAUGAUGCUCUCAGCUGAACUAAUGCGCGAUCGGAUUACUAGCCUUGAGAGAGCCAACGAAGCAGCUUCAACGCAUAGGUAG